AUGGUUGCUCUUCGACCUUGUAAGACUUAUUCGGCAACGUUGGUCACCAAAUUGAGUUUGAGCGGUUGCUUUUAUUGUCCUCACAAAGAAGCCGUGUUCAGGAUGGAUUUUCCUGCUCCAGAAGUGAGCCCACAAACGAACUUCAAUUAUGGAUUAGUGACUUUGUUUAUCAUCGCAUUAUCAUAUUUUCUUUGGAAAUUCUUCCGUUCUUGGUGCGAAAAUUCGUCGACUGUUAAUAAUGAAUCACAUCGCUUAGCUAUGGAAGCUGCCAGAGCAAAAUUUCAAGCUGAGUUCAAUGCUGAGGUUACUCAGCACAAAUCUAGAAAUCAAGACGAGGGAGAAGGGAAAAGUAAUGUUCGUAAAAGUACUGAUUCUGAUGAGAAAAAGAAACGGUUCCGAACUAGUGAUUACAAUCCUCUAAUGGGUGAUACUGGGAAAACUUACAGGCCAACUUCACGAUUUUGUUCAACUGGUGGAUGA